UUGUAUUCAACUCGCGUUUAUCGCGACUUUUUAUGUAGCGAAAUCACCUUUAUUACUCGCACAAGUCUCGUGAUUGGUUUUUUUCGUCUGUAAGUCGCGCUCCAAAGGUCAUGGGGAACUCUAGUCAGAAGCUAGCGGAGCGUUGUUCGUUCCUCGCGAAGAACGAGGUGCCCGUCGUGGCUGCCAGCUUCAAAAAUGCCAGCAAAAAUUCGGAUAAAAUCAAGGAAGACGAGUUACUGAAGUACUGGGGAGCGCAAUUCGACCCGCGUUUGGGUCAAUUCAUCAGUAAUUUCCUCUUUGGACCUGUCGAUACGCGAACAAGCACCGUUUCCUUCGAGAGAUUCGCCGAGCUUUUUGUCUAUUGCACGCGCGGGACUGUCGACGAGCGUACAAAUGUCCUUUUUUGGGCAAUCGGGCAGAAUCCGUUCGAAGUGCAGGAAGUUGCGUAUCCGCCGUUGCGAGAAUUGAUCGAAGCGGUUUGCAGCUCCUUUUUGCGCGCCAUAAAACUCCAAAAUGGGCGCGAAUAUCAAAGUUGGGAGAACAAAGGAUUUCGUAUCUGCUCCGAAUUCGUGCAAAAACUCGCGGAAAGUCUCUCGAGUGACAUUGUGGUGCAGCGUGGCGCGCAAAAAGUUACGCGAAGUGACGCCGAAGCAUGGUUUCAACGGAAUCCGACGUUCGGGAAGAUGCUGGAAUAUGUGUUUAAUCACUUGUACAACAUUCGUCCGACGACGCAGAAACAAACGGAGGAAGCACGUGAUGACACGAAAGCACGCACAACCCAAAUCGCCUCAGAUUGUCUCCUUCCCUACUGCGAAGGCUUGGAAUACGUCCCCGAUUAUCCGGCAUUUAUCGAUUUAUCGCAGCUUAUUUUCAUCAAUUCCAAUCUUCCAGGUGAACUCCGUCAAAAAUGGCGAUUCCUGUUCUCAUCCCAGAUGCAUGGCGAAAGUUUCUCCACACUCCUCGGGCGCGUAAUUGAGCAAGGUCCCACAGUUUUGAUCGUCGAAGACAACAACGGACACAUUUUCGGCGGUUUUGCACCUGCCGAAUGGAAAGUCAGUCCAAAUUUCGUCGGAACUGACGACGCCUUUCUAUUCUCCUUGAAGCCAAAAAUGCGAGUUUUUCACGGCACAACCAUCAAUGAUCACUAUCAAUACCUAAACUUGCAUUGCCAAACGAUGCCCAACGGCUUAGGAAUGGGCGGACAGCACAAUUAUUGGGGAAUUUGGAUCGAUCAGGAGUACGGAAAGGGAAAUUGCUCCGAAUCUUGCACCACGUACAAGGGAUAUCAUCAGCUGAGUGCCAACAAGGAGUUUUUGAUUCGCAAUAUGGAGGUUUGGGGUGUCGGCGAGAAGCCCGUGAAGGAAGAAACGGGCGAACGGAGCACCAAAAAAUCCGUUCUCGACGAAAAUGAAGAUGCCAAAGCAAUAUUGAAGAUCGCGGGACGACGCGAAUACUCGGAAGGGCUCCGCGAAGAGGACAUUUCCGAAGAGCAACCUCAAUAAAUCGCCGACGAGUUACCUACAAGUUCAAUCACAGUGCAAUAUUUAAUAAAAAUAUUUAUUUCUUAAGAUAAAAAAAAAUAAUUCCAAAAGGAUUUGCCAUAAAAAAGUUUAAAAUAAUUAAUAAAAAAAAAACGCUUCCCUGUGAUAAACGAGAACGAUCAAGCAUGUAGCUGAUGAAAUUACAAACAGUUAAUUAUUUAUUCUAUUUAUAAAAAAAAAUAUCUUUGAAGACUUGAUUCACACCACUUUUUGGAACGAACACAAAAAAAAAUAAUAAAUUUUUUGAACGUCGGUUGUUGAUGUAGAGUUGUUGUCCCUGAAUUAAUUAAUUGAAUUUGUGUCGUAGAUUUAAGUCCUCAAUCAGGUGUUUUGUGUCUAUAUAUUUAAAAAUUAACGUAGUAGAGAUUAAAAAAAUAUUUAACAAAAAAAGUUUCUUAUAUACAAAAAAAACACAUUAUUUAUUGGCAAUAUUUAAGCAAAUAUUUACAAAUUUUC